CGGCGGUUGGAACAGACGAGGACGGUUCGGAAACGCACCAGGAAAUCAAUCAUAUGGAGGUCAGCACAGGAUGAAAAUACAUUUCAAAUUGUUACACCACUUCGUGGUUUUUUUAUUUUCAUGAAAACAUUGCAUAUGCUGUGCAUAUAGCCUGUAAUGUGCAAAGAGACGGCAUCUGUUAGUAUGUAAAACCCAGACUGGAAGAACUUAUGUGCCAUGAAGUUGACGGUCGCCGUGCUGCACGCAGCGUUCUCGUUCGCUGUCUCCACCGUUGCAGGCCUGGAGGAGGUUGUCUCCAUUGCGGAGAUGGAGGACUCUCUCCUGACGACUCUGUUCGAGGGGUACGAGAAGUGGGUCCGGCCCAUUCAGCGCGCCAAUGACACCAUCACCGUCCGCUUCGGCCUGAAGAUAUCCCAGCUGGUGGAUGUGGAUGAGAAGAACCAGUUAAUGACGACCAAUGUGUGGCUUUGGCAGGAAUGGACUGAUAAUAAUCUACGCUGGAACCCAGAGGACUACGGCGGAAUCGCCUCCAUUCGAGUUCCGUCCGAAAACAUCUGGCUGCCAGAUAUAGUUUUAUACGAGAAUGCUGAUGGGCGUUUUGAGGGUUCCAUCAUGACCAAGGCCAUCGUUAAGUUCAAUGGCACCGUCACAUGGACGCCACCGGCAAGCUACAAGUCUGCCUGCACCAUGGACGUCACCUUCUUCCCCUUCGACCGGCAGAACUGCUCCAUGAAGUUCGGCUCCUGGACCUACGACGGCAGCAUGGUGGACCUGGUCCCAGUCGACGACCACGUCGACCGCAAGGACUUCUUUGACAACGGCGAGUGGGAGAUCCUGAACGCCACGGGCGCGAAGGGAAACCGUCGGGACGGGCUCUACUCCUACCCUUUCGUCACCUACUCCUUCAUCCUCAAGCGGCUGCCCCUCUUUUACACCCUCUUCCUCAUCAUCCCCUGCCUGGGCUUGUCCUUCCUGACUGUGCUGGUCUUCUACCUGCCGUCCGACGAGGGCGAGAAGCUGUCCCUCUCCACCUCCGUCCUGGUGUCCCUCACCGUCUUCCUGCUGGUCAUCGAGGAGAUCAUCCCCUCCUCCUCCAAAGUCAUCCCGCUCAUCGGCGAGUACCUCCUCUUCAUCAUGAUCUUCGUCACGCUCUCCAUCAUCGUCACCGUCUUCGUCAUCAACGUCCACCACCGCUCCUCGGCCACCUACCACCCCAUGUCCCCCUGGGUGAAGACCCUGUUCCUGCAGCGGCUGCCCCGACUGCUCUGCAUGCGGGGUCAUGCCGACCGCUACCACUGCCCCGAGGUGGAGUCGCGCAGCCCGGAGACGAAGCCCGGGAAUGCCGCACCCCAGCAGAGGGUGCCGGAGGCCAAGGAGGAUGAGAACCUGGCCUGGUUGGCCAUGAUGGAGAAGGCCACCGACUCUGUGCGCUACAUUUCCUGCCAUAUCAAGAAGGAGCACUUCAUCAGAGAGGUGGUACAGGACUGGAAGUUUGUGGCCCAGGUGCUGGACCGUAUCUUCCUGUGGGGCUUUCUCAGUGCGUCUGUGUUGGGCACCAUCCUAAUCUUCACCCCUGCCUUGCAGAUGUAUCUGAGCACCCCUCCCUGAGGACCCCACCUACACGUUGCGAUAUCAGCAUAGACAUAGAGCGGGGAUCAGCAACUCACAGUCCUAGAGUGCAGAGAACUUCUGGUUUUCCUAGCCUUCCUUACUUGGGAGUCAGGUGUGAAGACAGUUUGGCCAAUGAGUUGCACUAAUUGCCCAGGAGAAAAGAAAACCAGGGCUGGAUUUGGAUUCAAGGGCCAGAGUUGAUGAUCCCUGAUGUAGAGUGAUAAGCUGCUGGUUAUUAGUCUAUUUCAAGCACAGAGACCAUAGGAAUGAUGCAUUAUGCUUUUGCAGAUUCUAGAUUACAAUGCAGAUGUACUUCUUCAAUAUUUUCAUUUGGAAAUAAAGUAUGAUUAUCUUGCUCUCAUCAGAGAUUGGUGGUGAUGCCAGUUUGAGAGGAUUACACUCCUUCAGCUGUUUGAGAUUUUCAGAGAAGCUGGGUGAAACAUCACUUGCUUCAAUUUUGGUAAAUUUCUAUGGAACGUAAGCUUAUUAAAUAUUAAGGGAAUAAACGGACUAUGCUGUAAGUAAAAGAGAUUUAUUUUGCCCACCCUUAGAACUGAUAUUUGACUUUUUCAGCAAAACCGACAGUGCCAGAAUGGGUCAUCCAUUUAAAAGAAUAGAAAGGAAAUAUGGCUGUACGCAUCCCCAAUGCAAGUUCUGUAACAGUUCGACAAUAUUAUGUUGAUAAAGCAUAUUCAUAUCAGUUUGAACUCAUAUCUGCAUGUUACAAUAAAACAUUAAUAAUCAGCU